CAAUCAAUCGGAGAAGAAUCAUUUGCCGAGACCAAGAUUGCAAAACUAGGUCUCUUCGGUCUUCAAGAGUUGCAUUUCCAUUGCAAAGUAAUCCUGCUCUGGAGCGUUUUUGGCACUUUGUAUAAUUUAACACUGUUUCUUCAGAUUUACAAUCAAUAUGACCCUUGCAAAGCAGUGAAUCCAACUAUCAGUUGGGAGCAAUUGGCUUUUUUGUAGAAUACUUUCUUUUCACUUUGUUCAAGUUUACAAAAUAUAGGGAAUGCAAAUGCAUAAAGUUCACUGAACUGGGAUGAAAAAGCAACUGCUCCAACCAGCUCAGUAAGGCUUGACCAGCUACUUCGAGAGUCCUUCGAACCCAAGUGCAACAGAGCGGACAACAUUGGUGUGAGUGAGUGUAUGCGGUGGUGGCCCUCAGCAUGGUGUUGCCACCACCGAACAAGCGGCAUGUGUGUCUUACCACCUUUGUCAUCAUGACCAGCAUGGCAUUCAUGGACGCCUACCUGGUGGAGCAGAAUCAGGGGCCACGAAAGAUUGGCGUCUGCAUCAUUGUCCUUGUUGGGGACGUCUGCUUUCUCAUCGUCCUUCGCUAUGUGGCGGUUUGGGUUGGAGCAGAAGUGCGGACGGCUCGACGAGGAUAUGCCAUGAUCCUUUGGUUCCUCUAUAUCUUCGUGUUGGAGAUCAAGCUUUACUUUGUCUUCCAGAACUGUAAGGCUGAUCGCAAGAGUCUGGAGACUGUUGCCCGCAAGGCUUUGACUUUAUUGUUGUCCAUUUGUGUGCCAGGCCUCUACCUGGUUCUGGUGGCUCUGGACAGCAUGGAAUACGUCCGUACCUUUCGGAGGAAGGAGGACAUGAGGGGUCGGCUCUUCUGGGUGGCUUUGGACUUGCUGGACCUGCUGGAUAUGCAGGCAAACCUUUGGGAGCCGCAGCGGACGGGUUUGCCCAUUUGGGCGGAAGGUUUGAUGUUCUUCUACUGCUACAUUUUGCUUCUGAUUCUUCCCUGCGUGUCCCUGAGUGAGAUCAGCGUGCAGGGCGACCACGUGUCUCCCCAGAAGAUGAUGCUCUAUCCUCUUCUCAGUCUGGUUACCAUCAAUAUCGUCACCAUCCUCAUACGUGGCGUCAACAUGGUGUUGUUCCAGGACAGCCGGGUUUCCACCAUCUUUGUCGGCAAGAAUGUGGUGGCAAUUGCGACCAAGGUAUGCACCUUUCUCGAGUACCGGAAACAGUCGCGAGAAUUCCCAAAUCGAGAGAACGCAACCGGAAUUCCUAUGGAAGUCCAGCAGAACUCGAUGGGACAUGGACAAGCUCUGCCGAAUGCCACAAGCCUCCCACAUGAACCCACUCCAGCACGGGAGAUUAUGGAUACAUGACCAAGGAACCAAAAUAGAGUAUUUUGAGCCAACAAGGAGCAUUCGAAC